AAAUGUCGAAGCGUGUAGUGUCCGAGAGCCCAAAACCGUGGGGUAUCCCCUGUAGUCGCGGAAAAUUCGGUGAUUCCUGUUUAGCUUAACAUUACAUUUGUGUAUCAGAAAUAAUCUCACAAGCUACUCGUAUCAACAUCAAUAAGUUUUGCAAUUCAAUAAACAUUACAGAUUGAUGUGCGAUUUAUUGUAUGACGUGAAAUCAUACCAAUCUGUUUAUCACUCGGUUGCAGGUUCCAUCCCCUUUCCCCUCCUCCUUAUAAGGGGAUUUCACCGUGAAGAGUGCGGCGCGAAGCAACAUAAUAAGCUUUAUGUGAAUGAGUUACUAUUUAUAAAUGGACAAUCUAGUUGAACCCACGCCACCGAAGAAGAGAUGCGUUGUAGAAAACGAGAAUAAAAUGCAAUUGAUAGAAUGUGUACGAGAAUUUCGGCUGUCGCAACAAUUUCCCAGCACGUUGAAACAAGCAGUGAAGCAGGAUAUCGUAAAUUCCAUAGAAUCUCCGUCGUCUAUGCUAACGAUGCCCAAAAAAAUAACAUUGUUAUCCAGCGUCGAAUCGAAUCGUAAAAUCUCUAUAAAUAAACUACAGAAAUUAAGAAUUUUAUCUCCAAAAGGAAAGGAUUUGGGAGAAUUUAAUGUAGAGUUACGGAAUGAUAAUUUGUUAAAAGGAAAAACGAUUAUGAUAACAAAAUCGAAUACUCUCAGGCCUGUGAAAAAACCAGUAACAGUGACUCUGUCUUCGGUUUCGGAGAAGCUAUUUCCACGAAUACUUAAACAAGGCACUGUAAGGAUAUCAAAAAAUAAUUUGAUGAAUAUUAAAUCUUAUAGCAAGAAUGAGUCUGAAACAAAUAAAAGUAAUGUGUUGGAACAUUGUACAACAUUGUCAAAAAAUAAAAUGAUUGGGAAUCAAGAUAUCAAGACCGAAGGUAAAGAGGCACAAGUCUUUAAUGAUAUUGUUGAUAUUCCGGUUUCUAUGAGUGAGACAAAUUCUAAGCAAGACUUAUAUCAAAUUAUUGAUAUCAAUAAUCAAAAGUAUAUAGUAUGUAAUAAAAUAAGCAGUAAAAAUAGCCAUGUAAAAAUUCCAAAAAUUAAAAUAACAGAAGAUAGUGAAGCUACUUCAGCUGUAAAAGUACUGCCGCAUAAAGAAAUUAUUGAAUCAUCAUUUUCUACAGUAAAUUUGAAGCAUGCGAUAAAUUCUGAUAGCAAUAAUAUACAUAGGUCUGAAGAGUGUUCAAAAAAUACAGUUUUGACACAAGAGCAUGAUACUGUAUCAUCAGCAAGUGAGAAAGACAUAAUUCAUCAUGGCAAAAUUUUAUGUGAUAUCAAAUGUGAAAAUAUACAAAAUAAAUAUGAUCUGAAGAAAGGCUCUGGAAAUAAUUGUUCUACUGUUAAGGUUGAUGAUCCUAUGCAAUGUAUUCCAGAAUUACAACAAAUCACAAGCACUACUGACACAAUCAUGCAAUUGAAUGUAGAAAAUCAAGAUCAUGUCAACGAUUCAGUUCAGUCAGGCUUAUCAGAUCAAUGGGAUAUUAUCAAAAAAGCAAUGGAUAGUGUGAGGGAUAACAAGUUGCGUGCACUAGCAUUGAAGGCUCUAGCAGAUUGUGGAAUUGGAAUCGAGAGACAUGUUCCAAUACGUUUACCAGAAGAACACAAAGCUGUACAUGACACACAAGUACAGACUAUGGUAUUUGGUUUAUUGGAUCCUAAAUCUUUUAUAUUCAUAAAUAAGGACUUGGAUAACAUUCAAAGAGUAAAUCAAAUUACUCUUUGUGAUAUGCCUAAUCAAGAUCAAUCAGUAACAAAUGGUUUAUAUUUUAAUGAUUCCGUAUUUAAAGCUCCUGUUACAACUGAACAAGAAAGCGAUUUCGAUUUAGACAAUUUUAUUAAACAAAUUGUUGAAGAAAAUUCAGAUACUGUGAAAAUGAAGGAAACUUUAUCAAUGACAAAAAUAAGAUGUAAAAAUCUUAUAAAGCAUUUGGAAAGAGACUUUGAAUCGGUUAAAUGUUAUGAUCAAAAUGGCAUGUUAAAUAUACAUAAUGCUGUUAUAAGCAAUAAUAUCCAUUUUGUUCAGAGACAAUUAAUGGUACUUCAGCAAUGUAAAGAAAGUGUUGAUAUAUUGACUGAGAAUGGAAUGACGAGUUUAGAGUUAGCAAUCAAAUAUGAUGCACAUGACGAAAUCGUAAAACUUUUACUGAAGGCUGGAGCACAACCGGUGAUUCCAAAAUAUAUACACGAAUCAGCACUGAUCAUAGCCAGUAAACAAUCCUCAUCCUUAUUAUCAAUGCUUAUUGAGCACGUUUCGGAUUCAAAAUUACUCGAUCAAAUAGAUUCAGAAGGUUUCGCGGCGUUACAUUAUUGUUGCAUACGCAAUAAUUUGGAAGGUGUGAAAGCACUUUUAUCAGCUGGUGCUACUACAGAUUUGAAAGAUAUGAGAUCAGGACGGACACCUCUGUUUCAUGCACUAGACAAUAAUCAUACAACAUUGGUACAGACACUAGUAAAAGCCGGUGCUGUUGCGAACAUCAUGAAUUACGCGGGACAAACACCUCUACCCGUAGUGGCAGGAAAAUUUAUUUUUCAGAAUAUUAGAAAAGAAACAACGUAAUCACUCUUGUUUAUAAUAAAAGAAAAAUGGAUUUGGAAUUACAAUAUACAAUAUCAAGGUAAAAUUUUUAUUUAUUUUUCAAAUCAUUGUUUAACUCAUCAUUGUUUAACUCAUCAUUGUAACUAAUUUCUGCAAAUUAUUUAUUUGUUGGAAUU